UCUACUCACCCCCCUAUCUCUUUUCUUCUCUGCAUUCUUUUUUAAAACCAAAGCGUCCAGUUUUAGUGAUACAACAACGCCACGUUUAGUAGCCAAACGUCGCCCAAAUAAUGUUUUUAUACGCGGAAGUAUAAGUGAAAGUAAAAAUAGCUAAAGCUACACGAGCUCACUGCAAUAGGACGCGAGAAAGAUUUUGGGGACAAGAUAUCCUUCAUGUUGGGACAUACCAGUGAUGGGGCAGAAUCACACCCUGUGACAUGGCUUGUACAAGGCAAUCUGCUUUAAAGUACAUUCAAAAUGGAAGGAGACUCCUUGUUGAAAGGCUCCAGAAUCUGUCCCUCGUUGUGGAAAACCUGUUCCAGCGCAAGGUUCUUCAAGAGGAGGAAGUCAGUAAAAUUCAGGCAGAAGUUGACCGUUUUGACCAAACCAGAAAAAUACUGGACUGGGUCACGGCCAAAGGAGAAGCUGCAUGCUACGAGUUACUGAUGAUUCUAGACAUCACAAGGAAGAGGACCUUAGACAACGCUGACUUACAGCAAUGGAUAAGCUGCUUCCCCUUCAAGGAAGACCCAGAGAUGACAGACUACCUUGUUGGUUCAAAACCCUGUCACAGAUAUCAGUCACAGCUGAAAUGUAAAGCUCGGAAGAUCACAGAGGGUGCAUGGAAACAAAGCUCUCGUCUCCUACCAGUGAGGAAUAGAAAUGAGGUGACUUUCUCUUACACUCCUCUUGUGUUAGAUACAGACGUGCCUUCAUCUCUCUCUAAAAUCGAAACGAAGAGCAAAAGAUGCAAGAAAGCUCGCCCUAAAAAGCUAAAGAGCUUCAUCCCCAUGGCCAAACAGGAAACGUCCCCGGCUGACCUGCUUAAAACACCCAUGAGAAGGAUCCUCUUAUUUGGAAAACCUGGAAUUGGAAAGACAGCAGUCGCCCAUCAAAUGUUGAACCUCUGGGCACAGAAAGAUCACAGAGAACCAGAUUACAUGUUUUAUUUUGAUGUGAGAGACAUUUCACCCAGCACAAAUCCCAUGAGACUGGAGGACCUUCUCUUUAACAUGUACAGUGAGCCAGAAGAAAGUAGAGAAGAAGUGUUACAGGAUAUGAAGAAGAACUCUGAAAACGUUGUCAUAAUUUUUGAUGGAAUCACAGACCUCUCCUYUCAUUCRGUAAUAAAGAAACUUGUGKWCAAGGACCUCCUCCCUGAUGCAAAGAUUGUGAUCACAUGCAGACCAGAGGUWCCAUCAGRAGACUUCCUGACAGACUGGCCCUCGUUCAGAGUGGAGGUGAAAGGGUUYAGUAAUGAGUCCAUCCGGGCUUACUUAAYAAMGAUGCUGAGUGCUGAGCCUAACCCUACGCCAAACCAUGACUCCUUGAGCAGUGUGUUAAACAACCUAGAGUUGUUCAGUCUGUGCCAUGUCCCGAUGUAUGCAUUGAUGGUGGUUGCCUGCAUUUACUAUUCUACCCCAGAGGCUUCUAAGCAGCCAUGGCCUACAACUAAGAUGUACAUCAACAUCCUCCGUUACUGCAUCCUAAAACACAGUGGCAAACAGACGAACGAUCUCAACAAGUGUCUCGUAGAAAACAGAGAAAAAAUAUUGUCUUUAGCAAAAAUUGCUUUUGAUGCAACACAGCAAAAAACAAUGAACUUGACAGAACUGAGCUGCGAACUAAGCAGUGUCCAGUUUUCUUUCUUGGGGGCGCUUAUGAUUAUGGUCGAGCCCACAGUCUCAGACACUUACUCUGCAUUUCUCCAYUACACAAUGCAGGAGUUCUUUGGUGCCCUUUGGCUCUUACAGAAUCCAGACAAAAUCAGAGAGGUUCUASAGAAGUGCCAGACUGARGAAUGGAAACACACAAAACACAUGGUUCCUUUCRURUGUGGGCUUCUGAAUGAGAGGAAUAUUCAAUUGGUAAAUGGUCUAGUUCCAGCUCAACAGAYCAAGAAGACGUCAGAUUGGUUCUUMAAGGAAGUGGUGAACACAUUUCUUCCACUUCAAACAAACCAAGAUCAUGCAGAAGGUGRUGCUCCUGAGUUUGAGAUAGAUCUUCUGUUUUUAUGUCAGUGCUUGUAUGAAUCUCAGUCUACUGAGGCCUGUUUGCUUCUUCUGGACAAACUGAACUACAAUCUAGACCUGGAUGAAGAACAUCUUGAUCCUCACCAGUGCUGUGCAGUCUCCUAUAUGAUCAGUCAGUCUGCAGAGAGAAAGGUCGGCUUGGACCUGAACAGCUGCACUGUGUCAGACCAAGGACUAAGGCUGAUACUGGCCUCCCUGAAGAAUGUCCGAUAUCUCAGGUAA